AUGUACGGACAUCAAGUUUUUACGGCAAGGCACACGAGGUCUUACCCACUCCACACAGGAUAUUAUUAUAGGCGCUCCAACUCUGAGCCCCGUGUGGUAAUGUUUAAUCCUAAUGAUUAUAGUGCAAUUUUACCAAGAAGUAAAUUCCAAACAUCAGAUUAUUUAACAAAUUGUGAUAACUUUAAAAGAAACAUUGACGCCUCAAGUAAAAUUUACUACGAUAACGAUAUUGGGUACGAAAAAGCAAGAGUGAAAUGCAACAUCAACAGUGAUUUUUUAACACAAAAGCCAACUUUGUCUUAUGAAGAAAACAAAAGAUUUAAUAGGGACUCCGACUAUCACGUUGAUGAUGAUGACAUAAGAACGGAUACAAAUAUGUAUGACGGUUGGCCAUAUUCGUACCGAAACCGGUAUAACUAUAAUUUAAAUUAUGAUCCCGAAAACGAAAAAGCAAAAGAUAAACGUUAUGUAAAUGACAUAAUUGAAAGGGUUAUACCCGUUCACGAAGAUCAUGAAGAUGAUAUUCACGAAAAAGAACGGGAAAAGGAAGAUAUAAAUCCAAUGUAUGGAAAUCAAGCAUUCUUUUCACAUAUACUUGAAGAUUAUUUUGAUAGAACUAACGAGGAAGACCCACUUAUAUUUAAAGGACUAAAUUACAAUAAGGAAUUCGAUACAGCUCCCUACAAAGAUAUUCAUGGAAGCAAUAAACGUUUCAGGCGCUUAAAAACUUACGAUACCCAUAAAAUGCCAUAUGUCUAUAAUUCAAUUAGAGAUAAAGUUAAGUAUAACGAUGAAGACAAAUUAGCGGAAAUAGGAGAAGAAUACAACAAAAUCGGGGAUGAAAAUGAUAAAUCUACAAAAGAUGCAAUAAAUGAAAGUGAUACAACGGCAUAUAAUUAUGACGGUCAAAACUAUCGGGGUUUUAAAGAUUUUAUCGACUCUUUUGUUAAUAAAUUUGGAACAGAAGACCACGAGAAAAAUGUUGAUCUUAACAUAAAUAAAACGAUAGAUAAAGGAGAAAAAAAGAAAGGUUUUAGAAGAGUAUACCACAAAGAUGAAUAUCAGGAAGAUAAUGAAUUUUACGAUAAUUCAAACAAUAGAGCUGUUAUGACUGAAAGUGGGGGAUCUAAAUUAAAUAAUGGCGGAUCAGAAGCAAUACUCGCAUCCCGGGCUUCAGCAGUGUUAGGGGACGAAGCAAAUGAUAUUAACAAAAUAGGAAACAAGGCUUUUGCAAAAUCUAGACACAGUGAAAGUAUUUCUGACGGUAGAAAUGGACAAAAUCUCGGCCUACAGAAAUUUAAACAAGUCGCAAAAAGUAAUGCUUGGAAAAAUAAUGCCGAUUACUAUGACCACUUGUAA